GCGGGGCCCGCAAAACUCGGGGCGUGGCGGCAGCUGUGGUAGCAGCCAUGGCGGCCGUGUCGAGGCCGCUUCGCCUGCAGCGGUACGUGGUGUCGCCGGCUGGGAGGCACAGCGCCUCCCUGAUUUUCCUGCACGGCUCAGGUGAUUCUGGACAAGGAUUGAGAAGGUGGAUCAAGCAGGUUUUAAAUCAGGAUUUAACAUUCCAACACAUAAAAAUCAUUUAUCCAACAGCUCCUCCCAGACCAUAUACUCCUAUGAAAGGAGGAAUCUCCAACGUAUGGUUUGACAGAUAUAAAAUAUCGAACGACUGCCCAGAGCACCUUGAGUCAAUUGACAUAAUGUGUCAGAUGCUUACAGAUUUGAUUAAUGAUGAAGUAAGAAGUGGCAUUCAGAAGAAUAGGAUAUUAUUGGGAGGAUUUUCUAUGGGAGGCUGCAUGGCGAUGCAUUUAGCGUAUAGAAAGCACCGGGAUGUGGCCGGCGUCUUUGCGCUUUCUAGUUUUCUGAAUAAAGAAUCUGCUGUUUACCAGGCUCUGCGGACGCAGGAGGGCGAGCUCCCCGAGCUGUUCCAGUGCCAUGGGACUGCCGACGAGCUGGUCCUCCACGCCUGGGCGGCGGAGACGAGCGCCACGCUGCGGGCCCUGGGGGUGCGCGCGGACCUGCACAGCUUCCCCGGGCUCUACCACGAGCUCAGCCCUGGGGAGCUGGAGAGGCUGCGGGCCUGGGUCCUCACCAAGCUCCCGGCAGGAACGGGAGGACACGCAAGUGAAGCGGGGGACGUGCGCGCGCAUGGCGUGUCUUUCUGAGGAGCGACUUUGACUGCCAAAGUAUCAUCUGAUCAGUGACUAUUAAAAUACUAUGAAAUA